AUGUCCGACUUUGCUGCUUUCAAGACCUCGUUCAAGGGCGACAUCGUCACUCCCGAAGACCCCGACUACGAGCAGGCUCUCACUCGCUGGGCCGCCAACGCCCGCCGCCGUGCCGCCGUCGUCGCCUUCGUUCGUGACGAAGAGGACAUAGCGCUCGCGAUCAAGUACGCUCGCUCGAACAGUCUUCCCAUUGCUAUCCGCGGAGGGGGGCACAACCCUGCUGGCUCGUCCAGCUCGGAGGGCGGUCUGGUCAUCGAUCUCUCUCGUCAUCUCGCAAGCGUGCGUGUCGACGCGGAGAAGAAACUUGCAUACGCAGACGGAGGUGCUCUUUGGCGCACGUUCAACAACGAGACGAUGAAGUACGGUCUGGCUACCACGGGUGGGACCGUAUCCCAUACCGGUGUUGGCGGGCUCACGCUCGGAGGCGGUUACGGGUUCCUAACAGGACAACACGGAUUCGCUAUCGAUAAUCUUAUUGAGGCCACAGUCAUCAUCGCUGAUGGAACUGUUCUCACAGCGAGCUUGGAAGAGAACACGGAUCUGUUCUGGGGUCUGCGUGGUGGAGGGUCGAACUUUGGCGUCAUCAGUCGCUUCGUGUACAAGGUUCACCCGCAACGCGAGACGGUGUACUCUGGGAUGGCAAUCUGGCCCGCAUCCGCGUUAGAGGACCUCAUUGCAGUCAGCGCAGCCCGUUUCAACCAGCCGAAGGAUCCGCGAGCAAUGUACAUGCUCCUCGUCGCACUUUCACCUGAUCCUAGCCAUACUCCAUGCGUCAUGCUGAACCCUUUCUACAACGGGUCUGAGGCGGAAGCGCGGGAGCACUAUAAGGACUUCUUCAGCAUCGGGCCUAUGAUUGCCGACAUGUCGCGCGAAAUGCCAUAUACUGCGGUGAAUACACAGCUGGAUGAUAGCCUGCCUGUUGGAGGGUGUUACUAUCUUAAGUCCGUCUACAUGAGCACUCCGAGCAAUAGUGUGGCACAAGCCGUUGCUUCCGCCGUCUAUGCGCUGUCUAAGGAGUACAACUUCAAAAUCAUGUUCAUAUGGGAACACUGGAACCUUGACAAAGCGCGCGGGGUACCUGCAGAUGCGAUGGCCUUCAAGCGCCCUGGAUCAAGCCUCAGCUGCCUUAUAGUCAUUGUGUACCAAGAAGACAUUCCCGAGCAGUUAGCGCUCGUCCGCACUUGCGCCGACAAGCUCGCCACAAUCGCCACCUCGGCAGAAGGAGAUUCUACCAGCGGCCAGGUGAACAACGGGUAUGCCAACUACAACAGUGACGCCCCGACGGAAGUUCUGGAUCCGAACUCGAACGAGGGUAUCUUGUCGGACGCGAAAACCCACGCCCUGUUCGGCGACAACCACACCAAACUUGCGGCCUUGAAGCAGAAGUACGACCCUGAUCUUGUCUUCAACAAGUGGUAUGCCGUCAAACCAGCAUCAGCCAAGUAG